AUGUGUGAAGUGGACUAUUAUUUAGAUGAAAACUACCAACUUGAGCUGAACCUUCACAACAUACGAAAAGAACUGAUUGCGAUGUUAGAAUAUUACGAAAAGAGCCUUUGCACAGUUUGCUUACACUUAAAAUGUACUUGUGUAAAAGGUAAAAGUACAACGGACAUUAUAAUCGUAAACGGAAAUACUUCUGAUGAAAAGAAAGAAACGGAUAAGGAUACUAAAGAUAAAGAAAAUAAAAAAAACCAAGAUGAAGAAUUAGAAAAUGUAGAUAAAAAUGUCAGUGUAGCACCUCCAGCAUCCUCGUUACCAAAACCAAAAUGGGACAGCUCAAAAAAUAAUGCCAGUACGUCUUCUUCGCCGGAAAAGGAACCUGUGCAUCCUGACAUUGAAGCUUGGAUGGAAGCUUCUAAAGCCGAACCAAAAUCGAUCAAGGAACCUAUCAUUUUGCAGAACUUAUGCUAUAUUAAUAAGCAAAAGAAAUGUCAGAUAAUUACAACCAAUCGUAACGUAGUAGAUUCAUAUUUCAAAUAUUUUAAAGUGUCAAAUGAGACUGCAGUCACUUACAUGUCAGCCAAGUUGGCAGCCGCUUGUAGCACUCCCAUUAGAAAGAACUACACAUAUUUU